CUCCGCUUACGAUCUCCAAGAUAGACGUCACUGAUUGUCUAGCUAAAUAUUCUGUGUUGCAGGCCUGAACUUCGAAUGAUUGACUGUUUGCUUUACUAGACUCCCAAUAAUUCUUAUCUACUGAUUCCAUCUUAGCGAAGAAUCGCAACCAAACCACCCAAGAUCUGCACGCCCAUGAUGUAUCCGAGAUGGCACCGGAGCCAUCGUCAUUGCUCCCCAGGGCACCUACCAUCCGCAGAUUAAAGCCUCGUUAUUCAAGCAGGCCGUUUUACUUGACUCUCCUGGUUCUCUCGGUUCUUGCUGGCGCAAGCAUUCUGCUCAGUGCAACUCCCGAACAGCCCGUAUCGCUUGGCUUAUCGCAGCUUGCAAAGCGCAAUGAUUUCGGGCUUGGAUCUGACGGGCUUCUCGGGCCCAGUGGGAAAGACUCUGACGAGUGCCAUUUGGUCCACAAAGCAGAGGACCAAUGCUCCUUCGUCCGAACAUACUGCGACGACCAUGAAAUCGGCAUUUUCUCCUACUUACAACUCUACUACUGCAAACUCCCACAUGUAAAGCCAAUCGCGUUUGCCAUCCUAGCUAUAUGGCUAGCAGUUCUCUUCAAUACAAUCGGGAUCGCCGCCAGCGACUUUCUAUGCGUCAACCUAAGCACCAUCGCGAGUAUUUUGGGCAUGAGUGAGAGCUUGACCGGUGUAACCUUUCUGGCUUUUGGAAACGGCAGCCCCGAUGUAUUCUCGACGUUUGCUGCGAUGGGCUCCAACAGUGGCAGCUUGGCGGUUGGUGAACUUAUCGGCGCGGCCGGAUUCAUAACCGCCGUUGUUGCUGGAUCCAUGGCACUUGUCAGACCGUUUAGGGUUGCCCGACGAAGCUUCGUCCGCGACGUCGGGUUUUUUAUUGUUGCUGCGAGUUUCAGCUUGGUCUUUUUAGCUGAUGGAAGACUGCAUGUCUGGGAAUGCCUUGCUAUGAUUUUAUUCUACGUCUUCUACGUGUUCGUUGUCGUGACCUGGCAUUGGUACUUGGCCAAGCAAAGGCGGCGGCGGGAAAGGGAUUUGGCUGCAAGAGCCUACUUUCAUAUACCCGAGAAUCAAGAGCUAGAGAUUGAGGAAGAAGAAGAGGACGACGAUCCCGUAGCCGGUCAAUCCCGGUCUCUCCUUCGUGAACCUUCGUCCGAGGAUUUCGGAGCUUUGGAGCGCGCGGACAUUCCCGCGUGGAAAGUGGAUGAUGUUGAUGAAGACGCCGACAACCGAGAUCUUGCGGAAAUACAGGGAAAUAUGCGAGUCGCUCGUCCCCCGCGAGGCCAUCGACGACCUACCAUCACACCCAUCCGGCCCAGCUUGGUUGGCGCUCUCGAAUUUCGCGCUGUCUUGGCAUCACUGCAAAAAUCCAGACAACAGUCAGGGCCAAUCCAUCUGCGCAGAUAUUCAGAUGAAUCUGGCCUUGCAGGACCACCAACUGACGUCCAAUCCGAACGAUUACACCCACAACUGGAUUCCAUCCCUAGCCGUUUACGGUCUGCUUCAGCUAAUGAACCGUCAAAUCGCAUAGCGAAUAGAAACCGCCAUAUUUCACCGAAUGCUGACUUGAGACUACCAAGUCCAGGAGCAGUGCUUUCAGACGAAGAGCCUCAAGGACUAGGAGGCCAUGCGGCAACAGCAGCACAUUUUGUGCCGCAGCCAGGGCUCACUGCUUCACCUUCAUCAUCCGACUUUCCCUCGAGGUCUCAAAGUCCAGCCGUAGGCGAACGCUCUGUUUCUCCAAAUCUAUUAGCACCACCGGAAAACGGAUUCCGGUCACCUAAGUAUCUCUCAGAACCAUCCAAAACACACAGUGGGGUCUCCCCACGUACCAAGAUACAAGAUGAUAGCCCAAGCUCUCGACCAAACACACCAUCAAUGAGCCCAACCUCUGCCUUUCCCCCGUAUACAGACACUUUUUCUAUGCGUUCACGAUCCCGUAGUCCGCAUCUGCAGCGUGCAAGUUUAUCUGCAGCGUCAACAGUUACACGUGAGGGUUUCGUGGAUGCUGAAACAGAGCCCAAGCCAAUUAGUUGGUGGCCUUACGAAUACCUACCAUCCCCUUACGCUAUAACUACGGCUUUAUUUCCAACAUUAUACGACUGGAAAAGAAAAGCCAUUUGGGAAAAACUCCUUGGAGUCGUUGCAGCGCCCAGCGUGUUGCUCCUAACGAUAACGCUUCCUGUUGUUGAACCAAAGGAGUCAGAGCCGGAGACACCUCCAGAACCAGAAUUCAAUGGCAUCGGUGCCCAGGAUAGUGGCGCAGGUCUUCCUCACCUCAGCCGUCAGACGUCCGAUAUGUGGAGAAUGUCAGUAGCUCCGGACGUAGAAGAAUUCAACGACGACGAUGGCCGCCGCACAAGAGCCUCGCUUCUCACAGCUACAGGCCGGCGUCGACAGGACUCCGAGGCUCCUGUUCCAGCAACGCUACCGAACCAGAACAUACCCUCAUCCCCCAAGGAAUGGAACCGAUGGCUCCUAGGCCUCCAACUCCUGGUGGCCCCUUUCUUCAUAGCCCUAACAGGCUGGUCAACACUGGACGCUGACCUACACCUUCGAAACCUCCUGAUCCCCUCCCUUGUCGCCCUCCUCAUCUCUGGCAUCUUCCUCACCAUCCUCUUCCUCAGCACAGGCCCUGACGCCGACAGCACCACCACGCAACAACUCCCCCAACGCUCCCGCCCUUUCCUCGCCUUCCUCGGCUUCGUCGUCUCCAUCGCCUGGAUCUCCACCCUAGCCUCCGAAGUCGUCAACCUCCUCAAAACCAUCGGCGUCAUCCUCAGCAUCAGCGACUCGCUCCUAGGCCUAACCAUCUUCGCCGUCGGUAACUCUCUCGGCGACCUCGUGGCCGACAUCACGGUAGCGCGCCUAGGAUACCCCGUCAUGGCACUGAGCGCCUGCUUCGGCGGGCCGAUGCUGAAUAUCCUUCUCGGCGUUGGCGUGGGCGGGCUGUACAUGACGCUCCACCCGGCGAAAUCGUCAUCGGUAGCUGUGGGGAGUGGGGUUGUUGCGCAGGCGCUAUCUACCAGUUCCAACACGUAUGAAAUCGAAGUAUCCAAGACGUUGUUGAUAAGCGGGGCGACGUUGCUGGCGACGCUUGUGCUGUUCCUGAUUGUCGUGCCGUUGAAUGGGUGGUGGAUGGAUCGGAAGAUUGGCUGGGGGCUGGUGGCGUUGUGGACUGUGACUACGGUCGCGAAUGUGGUUAUGGAGGUUGUUUCUACGAAUUAACUGGGGAUCGUUUUCCUUUUGUCUGGCCCUUUUUAGUUGAAGUCUGGGUAAUUUUUCUAGUUUGGUUUUCCUUUUCCUUCUUUUCCUUCUUUUUCCAACUUCCAUGAUUGAUUACUUGUUGUUUCCCAGUCUCAUUCAACGAUAGUUGGUUGUAAGAAAAUAUUUAGAUUGUUUUGGGACAUAAACCGCCAUCCCCUAUUCUACUUGUGUAAACGUAUUUAAAAAACAAAACCGCUCUCUGUCUGAAUAUCUAGCUGCCACGGAUAACCAGCUGGUCUUUAAUCCCUACUACUUUUCCUACGUGGUACCCAGGCGCAAGAGGUCUGAAAGUGGGUAGAAAUUGCUCCCAGGAGCCAUAUAAAUCGACAUCUAGCGGCUGGAUUUCCUGGCUAGUAGAUUAAUCCAUAACUACUAGGGAAUUGUCGGGUAGUGGCUUUGAUAUUUGGCAAGGGGGUUUAGUGAGUUGUGCUACACCAACAAGCGGACGGAUGGUUGGUGCUGUGUAUAAAAGGACAAAAGUGAAAACACCAUCAAUCAAGCGAUAAACAAGAUAUAUCAAAAAAUUACUAUAUCCUACCCUAAAAUCUCAAAUACAUCCAUCCAUCCCGAACAUACCUAGCACAAUCUUACCAGCUUCAAAACAAAGAAAAAAUCCACAAAACGCACUACCAUCAACGACAAUAAAUAUCUUACCAAACAACCAUUUCACCCUUCCCCAUCUCACGAUCUCCUAAAACAAAAACCCUAGAUAAUCCUCCCCGA